UCGGAUUUUUAUUUCUAUCUCCACAGGAACUAUGGACGUUGUCAUCUUCACAUUCAUUCUGGACAGUUUUCCUCGAUACAAUAAUGCAAUGAAACGCAUAUCGGACAUUUUAGAUAGGGCAAAAACACUUUUAUAUACAGUUGGAAAAUCGCAUCUUUCUAACACUAGCAUUAAAAGAAUUCAUCACGACAUUUUGAAGAUAUAUCAUUGUGAAAAAGAAGGGUUAGUAAAGCUGGACCUGAAUGCAGAUAAACUUGCAAUGAAGAGCCAUGGUGUGCAAGACAAAUUAACUUGUAAAUUUGACAAUACAAAGUCGUUUUUGACACACUAUCUAAAUUCUUUUAGCUCGACAAAUGUUUUGAUAUUUCAAUACUACAACGGACUUAUUCAGACACUUGAAAAGUGUCUUCCACCAGAACAACCUGUUAUAAUUGUUGCAAAGAAACAAAAUGGAAACAUAACAGAAACAUAUUGUCAUCCAAACUGGAAGACGGUAUCAACAGAAGAAAAUAUUUCUGAAGAAAUCAGCUCUUUGCUGGAACAAAUGGCAUUUCUACCAAUGACAAAAACUUUUGAAAAUAUCAAAAGCAUAUUCGAAGAAAGUCACGAACAUAAAGUAUCAACACCAUUGAGUUCAACGAAUGGAAUGUACAGUAGUAAACACAACCUGAGCAAAUUUAUUGACGGAGAAAUUCGCAUUCCAGGCGAUGUCAGCCGAGAAAUGAAUGGAUUUAAAAGGAAACUCGAUGAAAUAAAAGGAAAUGAUCAUACAAAAAUGAAAG